GAGUCAUUGUAAGAUUGGCAAGUUGCAAGGGAAAAUUUAAAUCUGGUGUUUACUUGCUAUAGUUAAAAAUUACAUCCUCCUUUACAGAAAAUUAUUAGAGUGAAUUAUGCUUUCAGUCUCCUUGUUAUUGUGGAAGAGUAAAAGAAAAUAUAGUUAUCUUGGUUUGGUUUUUUUUUAAUAUAUAUUUGGUCUAGGACAGGAGUAAAUAAAAGGAAGGUGCCACUUUUUUUUACUGAUAAUUCUCUCAAGACAGGCCCUAAAAAUAUGGUUGUCAUCAAUUGCUGGUUUUCACAAAUGGGAUGACUUUGUAUUGGUUUUACCUCAUUAUAGGCAAAUAACUAAAUCAUGGGAUGUCUAUUUCUGAAACCUGUGAUCUUUUACUUAACUUAGGUGUGAGUUCUGGUUGUUUUCAAGAUAUAUACAAACAUUAAUACCCAUGAAAAAACAUGUAAAAUCUUUUGCAUAGUGUAAAGUAAUAGGUGUUAUCCAUAAACAUUAAUGACUCGGACUCCACUUCUGAUAUGGUAAAUUCUAUUCUUAUUCUGCUGAUGGAAAAGAAAAGAAUAGAAAACAGUGAUUUUGCCAAACGUGAAGUCCAGUACAGUUUGAGAAUGGACCACAAGUUAUUUGGAAUCCCAAUUCUGUGUUCUAUAAAGGCCAUAAUUUGUCUUGCAAAAAACCUGGCUAAUGUUAAAAAAUGUGUUAUCUGUCUUUUUGAAAAUAGAUGAAAUAGAUUGCAGAAGAACAUAUUUGUCAACAGGAAGUAACCAUAAACUUAGGAAGCAUGCAGGCGUCGAGCACGGCUGAACAAGACUGUAAAGAAUAAAGACAGAACCUCUUUCCCCUCGCUUUUCAGGCUGACAAGGAAACCUGCAUGGGUGUCAACAAUCAAAGUUACAUAUGUGAAACGGGCCACUGUUGUGGACAAUCCCAGUGUUGCAACUACUACUAUGAACUCUGGUGGUUUUGGCUGGUGUGGACCAUCAUCAUCAUCCUCAGCUGCUGUUGUGUUUGCCACCACCGACGCACCAAGCAUCGUCUCCAGGCCCAGCAGCGGCAACACGAGAUCAACCUGAUCGCUUACCGGGAAGCCCAUAACUAUUCAGCCCUGCCGUUUUAUUUCCGGUUUUUGCCAAAUUAUCUACUACCUCCCUAUGAGGAAGUGGUGAACCGACCGCUGACACCCCCCCCACCAUAUAGUGCCUUACAUCAGCAGUGCGUCCCAGCAGGCAGCAGUAGCACAAUCCCGGACACGCCAAGAAACCUGCAGCCAGCACAGAGCAGCUCAGCAGCACCCAGUGGCAAUAACAGCAGUACUGACAACACCGGGUCCCCUGGCCUUGGGGACCCCGAGCCCUCCACCACCACGCUGGUCGAGCGAGCAGUUGCCAAAAUGCAAAGCGUCGAGCCCAGCGGUACCAGCACGGGAGCCGAGCUAGUGGAGAGGGCCAGUCCCGAUAAGGAUAUGGAGUGCAAGGAGGAACUGCUAAAAGGUUACAGCUCUGAGAGCUUAGAGCAGAGCAGCGCCAUUCCUGACGCGAAGGACAAGACGCCGGGCAGGCAGCGCCGUUUCACCGGCGACUCGGGCAUCGAAGUCUGCGUAUGCAACCGGGGCCAUCACGACGACGACCUCAAGGAGUUCGACGGGCUCAUCGAUGAUGCUCUGGACGGGCCCCUGGACUUCUGCGACAGCUGCAGCGGCCGCCCCCACGGGGACGAGGAGGAAGGGCUUUUUAAUGCCGCGGAAGAGCAGCACCGUGAACACAGCCACCACCACCUGCCCCGGCAGCCGGUGUGUGUACUCUUGAACACAAUAAAUGAGCAGGACUCUCCAAACUCUCGUACCAAUAACUCCCCCAGCUAAGGUGGCAGAGUGGAAGGGAGAACUGGGGGAAAAAACAAAGAAAUAAAAGUGGAAUAAGAGGAUUAAAACUUUAACAGGAGGAAAAGGUGAUACAACCUUCUUUUUUUAGUUUAUUUUUCUUUCUCCCCCUCCAGUAUAAUUUGGGGACUAGUCCCUGAAGGCCUGGCUUGCGGGGGACGGGUCGCUCUGGGUUUUGUUAAUCGUGUCCAUCCUGCUCCACGGGGCAGGGACUGAUGUUUCUCAAUGAGACCUUCUUACAAAUGGAACUUUCCCAAUGGUGAUUUUGGUGAUGGUUAUUAUGAGUUUGUUGGUUUUAGUUUUCCAAAACACUGCUUUAUCUCGCAAUCAGUAAAGCUCAGCAAAUCUCCCCUGGGAGGAUAUGAAAUCACCGUAAGGCUUCAACCUCCAGGUGUCUUCCCAGAAGCAAGCAGCUUCUGACAGUGCCGGCAAUCAGUAGCCCAAGAGUUCUGGUUUGAUAUAGUGCUCUUGAGGCAUUGGGGAUUUCUUUUCUCUCUUUUUUUUUUUUUUUUUUUUUGGUGUUAAGUUUUCCCAAAGCUGAUGAAUGCCUGAACACAUCAGCCCUAUAAUCUCUGGUGCUUCAGUGUUUAAGACAGCAGGUAGGAAAUUUCCCACUUGAAGCUGGUGACUGAAGGACCAGUUUCUUCCAGAAGGAGUGUUAGUCUACCGUAAGCAGUUUGAAAAGAAAGGGUUUGCAGAAAUUUGCCUUUAUAUGUCACUUUUAAAGACGAGUGUAUUCCUUCAAUGCCUCCAAGAGCACAGUUAGAAGUAGAAUCCAGGCAGCGGGGCUGCCUUCCAAGUACUGUGGUCUCCGAAUGACCUUUUCCCGGUGUGCUGCAAAAGGGCUUGGCUUUACUUUUUUCCUUUUUUUGCACCCCGAGAGCAGCACGCUCGAGUUAAGAUGACAAAAAAAGAACAGGGCUCUCUUUGGCCAGCGUGCCUUCAAGCUUCAGCGAUGCAUGUUGAACAAAUGGAGAUGAGAGCUCCGUCCAUUGCAAAGGGAUGACUUACCAUGUAGAUGUGGAAGACCUGUGCAGUAUUUUUUUUUUUUUUGAUCCAAAAGUUUGGUGCGAUUCUAAUGUUGACCACUUAAAAGAAGUGAAUGUCUGUUUUCUUUUUCUUUUUUUUUUUUGUGUUUGUUUUAUGGUGGCAACUGGCUACUGUAUAAUGUCUGUGAGCGUGUGUGUGUGUGACUGCAAUCCAUGCAUGCGAGUCCUACUGGUAAUAUGAAAACCUGCUGUAAGACUGCAAGAAAAUUUACUGUAGCUUUGCUUUAAUAAACGGUAGAGAGUUUGUUAGUAACAACCUGAAGGGAAAAAAAAACCAAAAACAAAGAGCUGAAACUAACAUUCCCUAGAGUGCUCAUAUGGAAGAGAGCACAGUUCAGACUAUGUAUCUUGUUCUCUUGUUCUCGGGUUUUCUCCCCGUCCCUUUUAUAAUUAUGGUCGUCCAGAUCAUUACUGUUAUGGGGGAAAAAAAAUGGAAACUGAACUCAGACAUAUUCAGAUUUGAUUGAUUGAAAACCAAAAUCAGUUUUAAAUAAGGUGGAAACCAAAAUAUAAUGCCUUUUCUGAUAACUUG